AUGAGUGGAUCAAUUAAUUAUAAUAAUUUAAAACAUCCAAAAAUAAGAUUAAAUGCAAAAGGAUUAAAUGCAAAAACAAAGACUUUAAAAUUAAAUACAGCAUCUAAAGAAAGUUAUUUAAUGGAUAAAUUAACUGAUAAAACAUUGAAGAUUAAACAUAUUAGAAAAAAUGAUACUAUUCUUAAAAGUCCAAGUGAUGUUAGAAGACAGGUUCUAUUGAAGGAUAUAAUCAAAAAUCUUGCAUACGAAUUAUUUCAUGAGCAUAAAACAAUACCUGAAGAUCAAAUAAAAGAAAGACUUAAAGAAAAAUUAAAUGCUGACGAAUAUUGUGCUAGUAUCCUUCAGAAAUCUGAAGAAAGUGACCUGGAUGAUGAUGAAUCCGAUACAUAUGUAUCUUUAAUUAUUAAAUCAGUUUUCAUCAAUGGAAAAGAACGAACCACUUCAAAUGCUAUUUGGGAUUCGGAUGAUAAUGAAGAUGACGAAGAUAAUCAUGAAGAUAACGAAGAUAAUCAUGAAGAUAAUGAAGAUAAUCAUGAUUUCCAGGAAUAUUCACCCAACUUUCGCCUCAUGAUAAGACCGUUGACCAUAAUAGUAUGA